CGGGCCCCGCCCCCCGAGGAGCCCCGGAUUGGCCCGAGCCUCCCGGCUCCGCCCCCCGCCAUGGCCACGCCCCCUCCGGAGCCACGCCCUGGGCCCGCCCACAUUGCGCCGGUGCCACGCCCCCUGCGGAGGCCACGCCCACAGGACCCGCCCUUCCCUGUGCCGGAGGUGGGGGCGGAGCCGGCGGCGGAGGACAAGCGGAAGGGGCGGGGCGAGCGGCUGAACCGCUGCAUCCGCACGGCGGCCGGCAGCUCCUGGGAGGACCCCAGCCUGCUGGAGUGGGACGCUGACGAUUUCCGCAUCUUCUGCGGGGACCUGGGGAACGAGGUGAACGACGAGACGCUGGGCCUGACUGUGACCUUUGGGGUGUCCCCAUGGCCCUGAGCUGCUCAUACAAACCCUAAAACGACCCUAUAACCCCAAAAUGACCCAAAAUCGACAUUUUUUG